AUGGCGUCUGUGCAAGUCCAAGUUGCAAGCGAAGUUCCCUUCCUGAACAGGAAAGAAACUUCGGAAGAAGAGAAGAAAAACGACCUGAUAUCGUUCGCACCCGUGUCGUACAGCCCAUCCAUCACCCUGCAAUACCCUUACCCUCCUAAUACUAUUUUCCCCCUCGCUCUCUCCCCCGUACAAGCCGGGCUGCCACUUCACGACCUCAUCGACUCCAUCAAACGGCUCUCCGCAGCCGGCAAAAUCCGCGACCUGCUCAACGCCCACGGCGGAGCCAUCUUCUUCAAGGACCUGGGUCUGCGAUCCGCAGAAGAAUUCUCGCAGUUCGCGCAGGCCUUUGGCUGGACGCCGCACGAGGACAUCGGCAACCCUGUGCGCCGGACGGUCGUCGCGUACAACGUGGCGACGGCGAACGAGGGGCCCAACACGAUGCCCGUCUAUCCGCAUAACGAGUUCGGCCUGAGUCCGCAUUACCCGGCGUACGUCUUUUUCUAUUGUCUGUCUGCGCCGGAGAGUGGGGGCGAGACGCCCAUCAACAAUUCGCUUGUCUUGUAUGAGCGGUUGAAGGAGGCUGUUCCAGAGUUUAUCGAUGAGUUGGCUGAGAAGGGAGUGAAAUACCAGCUCUUCUACCCCAACAAACCCCGUCCCGACACCUCCUCUCCGGGGACGUCCGUCCUGCAAUCGUACGGCGUAAAAGUGCAAGACACGGAUUCCGUCGACGAGGCGCGCCGCAAAAUCGAGCUGGAGAUCAAACGCCUGCCUACUGCGACGUGGGUGUGGGAGAACCAGUCGGAGGCAAACCCUCUGGGCGAUUUGAGGGUUUGGCAGCGUCUGCCAGCCCUCCGUCAACAUCCCCAAACCGGUCGAACGACCUUCUUCAACAACAUGAUAUCGCGAUUCUUGAGCGCCCAGGCUGCUGGGAGCUUGGAACCUCCACACAUCAACAAAGAUGGGAGAUAUCAACCGCCUGCUUUCUACGGCGAUGGAAGCCCUAUCCCGCAUCGAUACCUACAGACUGCUGUUGAGAUUGUCAAACAAACCCGUUCACUGAUCACCUGGAAGGAGGGUGAUGUCCUUCUCUUGGAUCAACCAUUCAUCAAGCAAGCAAGAGCUAUCUUAGCUAACCGCAGCGUCAAAAUCCAGAAUCUCGCCGUCCAACACGCUCGAGAGCCGUGGACUGGGCAGAGAAAGCUCCUUGCGAGUUUGUGGGAUGAAAAUAACUGA